ACACGCAAGAUUUUUGGUUUCAUAAGUCUUUUAAAUUUAACUGAAAGAAAGGGUACCCAGUGUGCUGAACAAAUUAAAGAGUUGAUCUUAAGCUUCUGUGAGAAGAACUGUGAAAAGAGCAUGGUUGAACAGCUGGACAAGCUUUUAAAUGACACCACCAAGCCUGUGGGCUUUCUACUAAGUGAAAGAUUCAUUAACGUCCCUCCACAGAUUGCUCUGCCCAUGCACCAGCAGCUUCAGAAAGAACUAGCAGAGGCACACAAAACUAACAAGCCGUGUGGAAAGUGCUGCUUCUAUCUGCUGAUUAGCAAGACAUUUGUGGAAGCAGGAAAACAUUCCAAAAAGAAAUACAGCAACCAAGAGAAAGAUGAAUUAAUGUUUGCAAAUGCAGAGGAAGAAUUUUUCUAUGAGGUAAGACCGUCUUGUUUCAUCUAUUUCUUUAGAUGUAAGUAAGUUUCUUAACAGGAUUAAAUC